UUAGAUCUCGGUAGACAGCACCACUUAGGGAAGCGUCGUUUUUUUACUCUUUCACUAAAUGCAUUCUCCAUGUUACAACCUGAGAUCUAGGUUUUGGAAUUAUUUGGGGAUAUCUGCCCAGAAGAGUAGUGGUAGGAGUGUCCUGUGUUGACUUCUGGAUGUCAAAAUAAAUGAGAUGGAGGAAGCACCUAGUACACUAGAUUAUCAAGAAGUCCCAGUAGACUCUGUAACUGAUAAAUGUAGAUCACCUGCAGAGUAUGAUAGUGGAAUUGCAACUGAUGAUGGAGGAGGUGGCACUAGCUGCAGAGUGACAGUAAUCCAGAGUGACAUCCCAAGUAUAGUUGAUGACCCAAAGAACAGUGAACAUGAAGAAAGAGUGAUCUUGGAUCAGUCAUGUGGCUUAGCUGACACUGUGCCCAGCAAGAAUCUGCCUCAGUUUAUCACAUGUGCACUCACAAUAGUGCUUGCCAUUCCAAGAGGUGUGAAAGACAAAGAGGAGGAGAAAGAUAAAGAAAUGGAAAAGAGUCCUAAAAGUAAAAGAAAGCUGAAACAUUUCAAAGGUGUACUGGAAGCUCCCAGGGCACAAAGUUAUUACCACAUCGAAUAUUUACUUCUUCCUGAUGACCCAGAGCCAAUGAAAAUUGAUGUAGUAUCAUUUGGACAGGUUGCUAAAAUAUACAUGGAAAAUGAAACUAAGAUUUUAAAAUCAUGGAGUGAGAAUGACUUGACAUGGCUGGCCUGGACUCAUAAGGUUAAAAUUAACAUCACUAAAGAAAUCCUAAUAAAACUCUUGUCUCACAAAGUAAUAUUCAAAGUAUGGGACACUAAGGACAAAGUUUCUGCAAAAGCCAGAUUUGACAGACCUAAAGCUUUUAGACUACCUCAGAGUAAGCCAGGAGAGAAUCCAGAAAACAAAGGUGGAGUAAAACAUUUGGUUUUAAAACACAGGAAGCUUUUUGAGAGCAGUCAGCCUAAACCAAGCUCUGUGAAAACUAAAGAGCAUCAACUUCCACGAGCACAACCUGGAGAGAAGAGUAAAACAGGAUUUCCGGUGGUAAGAGAUGAAAUUCAGGAAUUAUUAUCACCUGUAGCUUGCGUUCAAAGUGCCUUACAUGAGCCACCUGAAGUCAAAGAUAUCCCACCACUAAGAUUAAAUAACCUUUUGUCUCCUAUAAAUGAAACGCCUACUCCUAAAGAAAAGCAACAGAAAGCAUUCACGUUUGAAACCAAGGGCUUUAAUACAAAGAGUAGCAAUGAACCUUCAGUGCAGUUAUUUUCAGAAAGGGCAAGACCAAAAAGUUCCACCGGGAUUUAUUCAGCUGGGACAGAAAAAUCAGGCAGAAGAAAGGGGAAGAGUACUAAAGACAGACUCACAGUGUUAGAUGAAUGGAAACAGGCCUCUAAACCUUCAGGCGAAGAUUUAACAGUAUACGAGCUGUCAAAAAAGAAAAAGCCAGUUGUAAUGGAAAUGGAUUUUCUGCCUCUUCUUGCAGGAGCUAAAUCUGUGACCGAUCGAAUGAUCAUGACAUCUUCUAGUAUCUUAGAUGGUUAUCUAACCAUAGCAGUAGAUGAGACCCUCAUACCUGAGGAACUAAAACAUGAACUGAACCCACUGGUUAUAAGAAUCAUCUCUGCCACAUCAUUGCCAGCAGCUGCUGUACCAAUUAAUGUGCUAAAGGAAAAAUAUUUACCAGUUUACUGCAAGUACAAAUUUUUUAAUCAACCUUAUCAUCAGACUCGAGGCAGAGCACAUGGAACCCAUGUUUAUUUCAAUGACGUUAACGUAAUUUUCACAGGAAUUAUCAAUACGGGUGAACUCUGGGAGUAUUUUCAAGGGCCAGCAAUGGAGAUUGAAGUUCAUGAUCAAGAUGGUAUGGCCGAAGAUAUUCCACAAAAAACAACUUUGUUUGGGACUGAUCCCAGUGAUGAGAAGCUGAGUAAUGUUGGCCUUGUAAGCAGUAAAUGUACAGUCUUAAAUCCUUUUACAGAAAAAGAAAGAAACUGGCACCCGCAUGGAAUUGCCAAAGUAGAUUUCUCAGAACUUCUUAAUGGAGAAAAAUAUUUAAAUAUACGUGUUCCUAUACAUAACUGUAUGUAUCCAGAUCUGACUGAGUCUCAGAAAGAAGGAAGAGGUGGGAGUCGAGCAGGCGCUUUAAGUAUUAAUGAUAGCCGUAAAAGUGCUCUUUUACCUGCUGCCUGCUAUUUGGAUUCAGAAUCCCACCUAAAAUUAAGAGUUGAUAUUGCUCAUCCUAUACUUUUAGACAGCAGUACUGUAGAAGGCAAACAAAUGAGGUGCCCAUUCAAUCGCAUUAUCUAUGUUUUUGAUUACAACAACCAAACAUUUCUACAAGAUCUUUUGGUAGAUAUAAAUGAAAUUAAUGCUGCAGCCCUUCAGCUGAGUACAUAUCCUAAAUAUGCAACUGAAAAUGUUCUUUCUACAUACAGACUGAGCCUUGAUCAAAAAGAAAGCGUGGAACUAGAUGUUGUUACUGGUUUUCAUUUAAUGGAUGGCAAAAUUCAUUUGUUCAUUCUUGAGGGGCUGAAAGAUAAAGCGAUCCGAAAGCUGUGGGAAAAGAUUUCAGUUAAGAUUCCUGAAUCUAAAGAGGAACAUUUGGAAGUUCUUUAUAAUUCUGACCUACUUUUCAGUCGACGUUUGUAUUCUAAUUUGGAAGUUAUGUUAUGCCACGUCCAUCUUCAUGAACCUCUCUCAUCUAUUAUGAAACAGCCUUUACUCUAUGUAAAAGAUAUGGUUCCAAAUGCAUGUUUUCAGGCCUUGUCCAGAUUAGAUUACAUUACUCAUGCAAAGAAGUUAAAGGAAGUGGUGCAGGAUGUUCUGUUUCCAACUGCAGAGAUGGUAAUGCUUCUGAGUCGAGAAUUUGGGAUUCCUUUGUCUAAAGAAAGCUUGCGUGCCCCGGCAGUUCAAUUAGAAACACUAACUCCACAGCCUAUGGAACAUGCAGAAAUGGUUCAUUACAGAACUCCAUUCAUACACCCAACACUUGACAACUAUAAUGCCAAGUAUGUUGAAUGGAAGCAGGACACUGGGGACUUGUCACAACACUUGAAGGACUAUAUUCAGAAUAAUAUUGAUGCAGUAUACAAAGCCAGCAAGAAAAUAAAGAGACCAAAAGUUGACACAAUUGUGGUUCCUUCAGAGGGUAAGUCAGUGUACAACUACAGCACUCAGGCAUUGAAUUCAACAGUGCAAGGAAUGGAACUGCUUCAGAAAGAAAUGACAAAGGAACCAAUGAGAAGAUUUACAUACUGUCAGGAGUAUCAUUCAGCUACAGUUCCUCCAGUGGACACUGUUAGUGAGAUGAAAGCUGCUGAAUCCAAGUCAAAAGCUCAAUGGACUACAUUUGAUGGGUUUAAGUAUCCAGGAUUUAAAAGUAGUAUCGAGUCCAAUCAACACCCCAAAAAGCCAGAUGAAGCACGCUUAGAGGAGAUAAAACAGAAGUGGAAAGAGAAUAUCCUUCAUGCCAACACAUUGCAGCCUACAUUAGCUCGAGAUAGGUGGAGCUGGAGUGAACGUGACCGUGAUUUUGAGCUAUACAGGAAACCAGCAAAUUCCCUCAGCCUACUGUCUCCAAUUACUAUCCAUCUGGCAGGCAAAACCCUUGAAGAUGAGCAGCUUGAUGUUGCACACAACUAUUACCUGAAGUGGCGCAGCAAGGUCAUUGUGGAUGAUACCAGAAUGAAAUUUUACAGACGAGGUGUACAGUCUGAACUACAAGGAGAAGGGCCAGUUGCUAGCACUCAGACAGAUAAACUAACUGGACUUCUGAAAGAUGUACCUAUGAAAUACUCCCUUCGAAAGCAAGGCAUGGUCCUGAAGCCAUUUCCAGUACUGUCAGUUAUGCACACUAUAGCAGAUGAUGAAAGUCUUCUAGACCCUAUCAAGAAAGAGCAGGAAACCAACACUGGAUUUAGUCCAGGAUUAUAUGAUCAGCACAGUUUGAAGUGGAAACCAAAUAUUAUUCCUCGCCAUAACAUGGAGCACACCAAAUUUGAAAGAAUGAAAGGAAAAGAUUUCAACUUGUAUUAUUAUAGUCAUCCAUUUCUUUACAAAAGAGAUAUCAAGGCCCUUUCUGCAGAAGAGAAAGAUAAUGUGCUGUUCCAAACACCUGUUCCUGCUGAAGAGCCAGUACCAGCUGCCAAGAAAGCACAGCAUUCUGGGAACUUGAUAGAAACAAAUACUUAUAACUCUGUUCUUUUACACAUUGCCUAGAUUGUUCAUCCAGUUUUGGUGACAUAUGACUGUUGCAUGUAUUUAUCAGUGUGUCUUAAAUAAACACAGUA